UAUAUAAAUAGGCCGAUGUGCCCCAGUCAGUGCGUUGUCUGUGCCUGGAGUCGCCAAGAUGCAGAUUCUCCGGAUUAUUCAAGUUGCUUUGCUCGCAGCGGCCGCGAACGGGGCCAAGCUGCCCUCCUUCCCCCCGCAAACCUCGUACAACUACGAUCCCCCAAGCGUCCCAUCCGGGCUCUAUGAAACCCCGGUGGCUCCUCCCGAGAACCCUCCUGAGCCCAAUAGCCUCUAUGAAGCCCCCGACGACGACGACGACGACGAACCUUCCAACCUUUACGAGACGCCAGGAAUUGCGGUUCCUACUCCUUCAGAACCGGCAGUCCUGUACGAAAUUCCGGACGAGGAGCCAAGGCCCUCGGCUGUGUACCAAAGCCCUAUCGAAGAGGCCCCCGUCCCAGUAAAGCCUGUGGUUAUCUACCAAGUCCCUCAGGAGGUCGCCACUCACGUGGAGCCAUCGCCCGCCUACGAGGCCCCGCAGCCCCAGUACAGCCAGCAGACGAUAUUCCCCGGGGCCCCUUCAGCGCCCGCAGACCUUUACCAAGCCCCGCAACCCAGGAAUCUGUAUGAGGCCCCUGCCCAACCAGCCUCAGUGCCUAAUACUUUGUACGAGGCUCCUCAAGAACCAGCUCCCAGUGGCCUGUAUGAAGUUCCUGAGGAACCAGCCCCAGCCCCAACUGGCCUAUAUGAGGCCCC